AUGUCACUUGUCCUUCACAGGCUGCGCGCACCUCUUGACACGAAAGACUAUAAAAGCAACCAAAUUGUCGGCCUGCCUUAUCGCAGCAUAGAGAACUGCAAAGGAGACCACGGUUCGCAGUCAGUUCAGGUAAAUCGCCUAAUCAAAUUUAAAAUGGCCUUUCAAUUCCACAUGAAUUUGUGCCCCCUACUCGCCAUCAGUAUGGCCGUAUUGGUGAGCUCGGACAUUCAUGAUGAGUACCCCCAGUGGGAUAGAACUCACUGGGUCGUACGGAGCACUGAUUCCAUCACAUUGAAUUGCACCCACUCAACAUACUACCCCUUCAAUAAUAUCCAGCAAGCAUUGGAUGUGCAGUGGAUCCUGCCCGAACCGACGUCAUACCGGCAUUUGAAAGCGGGACAGACAGACGAGGGAUGGCAAGUGCUGUCGAAAGACCGAAAUUACCAAUUGAAAAUUAACAAGGCCAUCAUGAAUGUGCCCGAUUCCGUGAAUGGGAUGUACGUGUGUGCAGCAUUGGCAGUGGCCUCGAAUGACACUAGCGGGAAAGCAGAGACGUACGCGUGGUAUUACCUACGAUGGGGUGUGGGUCUCUACUCAAACGUGCCUGCCAUGAAAGAGGGCACCGUCAGCCAAAAGUACUACUGGCCCUUCACCUACGCCUGGGUCUCUGUUCUCGUGGGGCUUGUCGUGAUCGCGCUCUUCUCGCUGACCUUGCACUUCAGAUACAAAGGCGGUCCUAUCGCCGAGGACGACGAGGAGCGAGUGGGCGAAGACGGACUCAGCCUACGUGAGGACGAGACAGAGUCAGUUUCAGUCAAGAAGCGUCGCAGUCUAGAGAUUGAUGAGAAGGAUGACGGUGGCAGGUUGUGA